GUGUGACGUGAUGGAUACGAAAAUAAAGCUGACAGACUGAACUGAUACUGAGAAGAUAAUAGUUCCUUGAUAUUUCACGACGCUGUGGUCUGGAUUCGUUAACGCGGUUGGAUAUUUGGUUUUUAGUUUAUUCCACCUGUCUCAAUUGCCCUGAGGUUCGAAAUGACACCGAAAUCUUCGAAGAAGAGUUCGUCGCUUUGGUACUGCUGCGAAAAAUGCGAGUCUUAUUUGACUCAAAAAGACAUCACCGUCCACGGAAAUAGCUGUCCACCAUCCACGGAUAAGUGGAGUCACAAUUACAUUAAAAAUGAUAUUUUAUAUAGCAGUAUUGAACUCUAUAAUCCUAGGGAAUCUCCAAAGAAUAUAUCACAGCGUGAAUUAAACGAAUUGGUUUUUAUGGCACAGUCCGCUAUGCAGUUAUGCAAAAUCCCUAUCGGAGAUCCAGUUGUUCUGAGUAGAGAAGAGAAUAAAGUUGUCAAAAUCGCCUGGCCGACCAAUGACAAGACAUUGACAAGCGUUUCGUUGACAAAACAUGCGAUUGAUUUGAACAAACUGGAGGGUCAAUUCAGUAUAGAAAAGCUGAAAUCAGAAGUUUAUUUUGCUACCGAGGUGAGUAUCGAAUACGUCGGCACCCAAAAAUUACCUGAAGCCACCACAGAACUUGAUGUAUUAAUAAAAAACUACAAUGAGAAAAGGAUUUUCACCGUAGGAAACAGAAUAAGCAUUCCCUUUUAUGGGAAGAAAUUAAUCUUCAAAAUUCGGGAUAUCAAGGCGGAGAAUGCGACCAUUAAGAGCCUGGAUGGAGACAAUGCACCUAGAAGUUUAGAUAGCGACUUUGAAGCACUUAAUAUCUCUGAUGGAUUCUUAAGUAAAGUUAAGUUUUACAAGGCACUGUACUCGACUAAGUGGACAAUAUUAAGCAUAGAUGAAAGCCAAUGCAAGGGUGAGGAUGUUGCGGUGGUGAAAACUUGUGACCUAGCUGGCUAUGACAAUUUGAUUGCGGAAAUAAAAGAUGUGAUUGAUAUCGCCCUUGGAAAAUAUAGAAAGUUGAAAGGGUUCCACAUAACACGGGGGAUUUUGUUGUACGGGACUCUGGGAGUUGGGAAAUCAAUGAUAGCAAAAGCUUUGAUGGCUGAAUCUGCUGCGCAUUUACUCACAGUUACCGGUUCUGAUAUCUACAGCAAAUACGUUGGUGAGACAGAGGCUAAACUGAGAGAAAUAUUCGCAGAGGCAAAGAUGAAUGCCCCAUCAAUAAUUUUUAUAGAUGAUAUUCACAGUCUUUGUGCGAAAAAGAACAGCACAACAACUGAUCAGGAGAAGAGGAUCCUUUCAACACUGCUUUCGCUAUUCGAUGACCUACAAAGUUCCAAUGUUAACGUUCUGGUCAUAGCGACAACCUCACAACCAUAUGCAUUGGACCCUACACUUCGUAGGCCUGGUAGAAUCGAUAAAGAAUUUGAAGUAUCUGUGCCUACACAGUCAGUGCGCAGAGAAAUCCUAUCAAAAUUACUGUCAAAAAUUUCGCACGAGCUUAGCUCUCCAAAUAUCGCCGAAAUCGCCUUUGUUACGCAUGGAUUUGUUGCCGCCGAUUUAUUUAGCCUCUGCUCAAGGGCAGCUAUGCACGCCGUCAGACGUCGAAGUUCAGAUGACAUAUUAGAUGCUGAUAUAGUACUCACUUUGGACGACUUCAACUAUGCUUUGACAAUGGUAUCACCUUCGGCAAUGAAAGAAGUCCUAGUUGAAGUUCCAAAUGUUAAAUGGUCUGACAUUGGAGGGCAGAAGGAUCUGAAGCUCAAGCUCAAACAGGCAGUCGAAUGGCCCUUAAUGCAUCCAGAAGCAUUUGUUAGACUGGGCAUUACACCACCUAGAGGUGUCCUUAUGUUUGGACCACCAGGGUGCUCGAAAACCAUGAUUGCCAAAGCCCUGGCAACAGAGAGCCAACUUAACUUUCUGAACAUAAAGGGUCCUGAGCUCUUUUCGAAAUGGGUUGGCGAGUCUGAGAGGGCAGUAAGGGAGGUUUUCAGGAAAGCGAGGCAAGUGGCACCAUCAAUAAUAUUUAUAGAUGAAAUCGACGCACUGGGUGGUGAGAGAGGAUCUUCUUCGAGUAGCAGUGGUGGGAGUAACGUACAGGAGCGAGUUUUAGCACAAUUGCUAACAGAGCUUGAUGGUGUCACGGAAUUGGGAAACGUGACUCUAGUCGCGGCUACGAAUAGGCCAGAUAGGAUUGACAAGGCACUUCUGCGACCUGGUCGACUCGACAGAAUCGUAUACGUGCCGUUGCCUGAUUUUGAAACGAGACGAGAAAUAUUCGAUAUUAAACUUCGAAAGAUGCCGGUUUCAGCGGACGUGGAUAUUAACGACCUAGUGGAUUUAACUGAAGGAUAUUCGGGUGCCGAAGUACAGGCGAUUUGCCACGAAGCUGCCAUGAAAGCUCUCGAAGAAAAUUUGGACGCUACCGAAAUUACCAAAGAACACUUCAAGGCUGCAUUGUCCAUUGUUACCCCCAGGACACCCGCGUCGCUGAUUAAAUUGUAUGAGGAUUAUUUAACUAGGAACUGACUCCGCCUAUCACUAAUGUUGGACUUGAACUCUUAUUUUAAGCAAUCGUAUAUUUGUGUAAAUAUAUUUUUGUUAUACAUUUUUAAUGACCCGUUAUACUUGUACCGUCAAAAUGAUAAAAUUGCUUGAAAAAUC